AUGACUGCCGACGUCAGCUCUCUCGUACGGAUACGGUACAAUGACGAUCGGACGGCGGUUAAGGAUUCCGCCGGACCGAGAUCGACGGUGGCGCUCAGGACUCGCGAUCUCCUCGGAAGUAGCGGUUGCGGAGGAGGAGGAGGAAGAGGCGAUCAGUCGCUGGAGCUUGACCUUGACCUCCACGUCCCCAACGGAUGGGAAAAGCGUCUCGACUUGAAGUCGGGAAAAGUUUAUCUGCAACAAUGCAAUCCAACAAGCUCGUCGUCAUCGACUCAUCAUCACGCAGAUCAGUCCAAACAAACAGCUCCGAGAUUUCAGGACCUAAAUUUUCCGCCGAUUUCCGGUAAACCUCCGGUGAAGCCGUUAUUAAGCCUCUUCGAUGACACAAGCCUAGAACUGAAGCUAGUCCCUUCUUCUCUCUCUCGUCCUCUCGCUCCUCCGUCUUCUUCCAUUUCAAAUCCGUCGCUCUCCUAUCAGUCUCCUCUCGCUGUACCAUCGGCGAAUUCGAGUUUCCAGAGUGUUUGCACGCUCGACAAGGUGAAAUCGGCGCUGGAGAGAGUGGAGAUAAAUUCGUCCGGGAUGACAAAGAAACGCCAAUCGCCAGACGACGGCGUUUGGGAUCGAACCGCGUCUCCGGUGGCGGUUGGAUGUCCGGGCUGCUUAUCGUACGUGUUGGUGAUGAACAACAAUCCGAAAUGUCCGAGGUGUCAUUCGUUUGUUCAUUUGCCUGAUAUGAAGAAGCCUAAGAUUGAUCUCAACAUAUCGAUUUGA